AUGGUUGGAUGUUGGUGGUGCUGUCGGUUGUGGGAUUCAAGUAUGACAGGAGUGUGGAGAGGAAGUGGGGGCGACUCGUUUUCGAGAGUGGAAGCAGGGAGAAGAGGACAACAACUGUCCGGAGCAGAGUACUGCUUCAGGGAGGAAAAGCCAAUUGGAGGUGAGACAACUGUCCCAACCCAGAAACCUUCCUUCGUCCGAUUUGCUAGUUAA